CGGCGGCGGCGGCGGCGGCGGCGGCGGCGGCGGCGGCGGCAGCGCAGGCCUCGCGUGGUAACGGCCAUCCCGGCGGCCGCCCCGGCGUCCUGGGCGCCUUCCUCCGGUGGACGCGAGCCGCCCCGGGGGGGCUGGGCUCGGCGGCGGCGGGAAGGGCUGAAAGAUGGCGGAGGAAGUGGUGGUGGUAGCCAAAUUUGAUUAUGUGGCCCAACAAGAACAAGAGCUGGAUAUCAAGAAGAAUGAGAGAUUAUGGCUUCUGGAUGAUUCUAAGUCCUGGUGGAGAGUUCGAAAUUCAAUGAAUAAAACCGGUUUUGUCCCUUCUAACUAUGUGGAAAGGAAGAACAGUGCUCGGAAAGCAUCUAUUGUAAAAAACCUGAAGGAUACCUUGGGCAUUGGGAAAGUGAAAAGAAAACCCAGUGUUCCCGACACCGCAUCUCCUGCCGACGAUAGCUUUGUGGACCCAGGGGAGCGUCUGUAUGACCUCAACAUGCCUGCCUAUGUGAAAUUCAACUACAUGGCCGAGAGGGAGGACGAGCUGUCACUGAUAAAGGGCACCAAGGUGAUCGUCAUGGAGAAGUGCAGUGAUGGCUGGUGGCGGGGCAGCUACAAUGGACAAAUCGGAUGGUUCCCUUCCAACUACGUGACUGAAGAAGGCGACAGUCCUCUGGGCGACCAUGUGGGCUCUCUGUCAGAGAAAUUAGCGGCGGUGGUCAAUAACCUAAAUACCGGGCAGGUGUUGCAUGUGGUCCAGGCGCUUUACCCGUUCAGCUCAUCCAACGAUGAAGAACUCAAUUUUGAGAAAGGCGAUGUGAUGGAUGUUAUCGAAAAGCCGGAAAACGACCCCGAGUGGUGGAAAUGCAGGAAGAUGAAUGGAAUGGUUGGUCUGGUGCCAAAGAACUAUGUGACUGUCAUGCAGAAUAAUCCCUUAACCUCAGGCCUAGAGCCAUCGCCCCCUCAGUGUGACUACAUUAGGCCUUCCCUCACUGGGAAGUUUGCUGGCAAUCCUUGGUAUUAUGGCAAAGUCACCAGGCAUCAAGCAGAAAUGGCAUUAAAUGAAAGAGGGCACGAAGGAGACUUCCUCAUUCGCGACAGUGAAUCUUCGCCAAAUGAUUUCUCAGUAUCACUAAAAGCACAAGGGAAAAACAAGCAUUUUAAAGUGCAGCUGAAAGAGACUGUCUACUGCAUUGGGCAGCGUAAAUUCAGCACCAUGGAAGAACUUGUAGAACAUUACAAAAAGGCGCCAAUUUUUACGAGCGAACAAGGGGAAAAAUUAUAUCUUGUCAAGCAUUUAUCAUGAUAGUGCUCAUCAGAAGUGACUGCUGUACAGCUUUCUCGUCGUAAAAUUGAAGAUGAGGAAAAUAGUAAUCCAGUCUGCUUGAUUGGAUAUUACUGUUUCUAACUCUGUAUGAGAAUUGACUAUAAUAUAUAAGUAUUUUUAUUAUAACCCAACCCAGACAUACAUACUAUACAUUUGCAAUGCAUUUGCAUAGAACAAGUCCUUAUCUUAGGUCUUCUAUUUUACUGUUUUCUUCUUGCAGUUUUUGUCUUUGCUUCUAAUAUUAAGGUUUUGUAUUUUG